AAAGGUACCUUUGUUGGAAAUAUCGCCAAGGAUCUAAAUGUUAAUGUGCAGAAUCUGGAAUCGCGGAGUCUUCAGAUUGUAACCGGAUCUACGAAGAAAUAUUUCGAGGUAAAUUUAAGGACUGGCAUCCUGUAUGUUAACGAACGAAUCGACAGAGAGGCCCUGUGUCCGAAUUCAGUAAAAUGCUCCGUGAAUGUAGAGGCUAUUUUAAGCAACCCUAUGCAAUUACAUCGUAUUGAAGUUAACGUUUUAGACAUAAAUGAUAAUGCACCGUUUUUCGCUGAACCGUAUCAUGUGUUUAACAUCAUGGAGUCGGCUUUUCCCGGAGAAAGAUUUCCAUUGCCGGUGGCCAGUGAUCCUGAUGUGGGCAGUAACUCGGUAAAAACGUACAAGCUGAGUUCGAAUGAACACUUUACUUUAGAUGUACAGAGCGGGAGAGACCAGAGUGUAUCUGCUGAGUUAGUACUUCAGAAAGCAUUAGACCGGGAAAAACAGGCCUCGAUUCAGCUUGUACUGACUGCGAUCGACGGAGGAAAACCUUCCAGAUCUGGAACAUCCCAAAUUCUCAUUCACGUAAAUGACGCCAAUGAUAAUAUUCCGGUAUUUAGCAAAGCUCUGUACCAAGUUAAAGUGCCUGAAAACGUGACAAUAGGUACGACGAUACUAACUCUUAAUGCAACCGACCUGGACGAAGGAAUCAAUGGUGAAGUGAUAUAUUCCUUUAGUAGUCAUGGGAAUUUAAAUGUAUUUGACUUUUUUGACAUAAACUUUGAAACUGGAGAAAUUAAGGUUAAGCAUGUGCUUGAUUUCGAAAAAAAUAACGCUCAUGAAAUCCGUGCUCAGGCAAAAGACAAGGGGCAUAAUCCGCGAGCAGCUCAUUGUAAAAUCUUAGUUGAAGUCAUAGAUGUGAAUGACAACUCUCCUGAAAUCCAAAUAACAUCUCUUUUAAAUACCGUAAAAGAAGACGUAGCUCGCGGGACUAUUAUCGCUCUAAUUUCUGUUGUCGACUCAGACAGUGGCAAAAACAGCAUUACAGAGUGUAAAAUAUCUGAUGGUAUUCCAUUUAAGCUCAGUUCAUCUUACAAGAAUUAUUACUCGUUAAUGGUGGAUGGACAGCUGGAUAGAGAGAUAUUUUCUAAAUACAACGUCACCAUCACAGCUACAGAUGAG